CUCAAACCUGUUUUAUUUCGCCGUCCGCGACGCGCACGCUCUACAGACGCCCCGCCAACGCAAAAUGAUCCUCACAACUUGCCCCGCCUGCGCCGCCCCACUGGCCCACGACGCGCCGCGAUGCGUACGCUGUAAGCUAAGAUACUGUGACUCGACUUGCCAACACGACCACUGGCGCCGCGGCCACAAGCAGAUGUGCAAGAAAAUACACCGCGGCGGCAACGCAGAACAGUAUAAUGCCGACAAAAAAUACAAGGAGGCCGUCGCGGUCGCGGUCGAGAAAUGCGCGGACGACACGAAGGGCCAGACGUGCUACAUCUGCACGCAAGCCCUUCACUGGAAGACAAAGGAGGGUCUCAUCCGCGGGUGCGCGUGCCGCGGGACGGCAGGUUUCGCGCACUUGUCGUGUUUGGCGGAGCAGGCGAAGAUUUUGGUUGCGGAGGCGGAAGAGAAUAAUUGGGACAAGGCGGGGAAUGAGAGGUGGAAACGGUGGUACUCGUGUAGCCUGUGCGAGCAAGAAUACCACGGCGUCGUUCGGGGCGCGCUCGGGUGGGCCUGCUGGAAGGCGUACUUGGGGCGGCCGGAGACGGACAGGCCUCGGCAGUUGGCGAUGAACGUGCUUGGGAUGGGUUUACACGAAGUAGAACACUACGAGGACGCAUUGUCCGUGCAAGAGGCCGAGUUGGCUAUGAAGCGACGCAUUGGCGCAUCGGAACACGAAUUGCUUGCCGUGCAGAACAAUCUCGCGAGGACGUAUGCUAAGACUGGAAGGUUCGAGGAUGCCGUACGCACGUCGCGAGACGUUUACUCCGGUCGUUUAAGGGUCAACGGCGAAGAGCAUGAAUCAACCCUCCGAGCGGCCAACAACCACGCGUCGUUCCUUAUCGAUCUGCGGCGCUACAAAGAAACCAAGCCCGUCUUGCGUAAAAUAAUCCCCGCGGCGCGACGCGUUCUAGGAGAGAGUCAUCAUCUCACGAUUUUGAUGAAGAUGAAUUACGCGGCUGCGCUCUACCAGGACAGGGGUGCCACCCUCGACGAUCUGCGCGAGGCUGUGACGACGCUCGAGGAAUUGGAACCGAUCGCGCGGCGCGUGCUCGGCGGCCAGCACCCGCUCCUAGUGAUGAUCGAAGACCGGCUGCGAAACGCACGCGCCCGCGAAGCGGGAGUUCCUAUGGAGCCAAUCUAAUAACUAAGCGAGGGAAUUUACGUC